GAGAUAUGAAGGCUGUUAUAAUUGGAAUUGCCCUUUUGGGGCUCGUGUCCUCAGUACCGGUGGGCAACGAAUAUCUUCCACCCAAAAACGGCUUCUCCUCAGCAUCCGUCAACAACCAAUACCACUCCGCCACCAACAACAAGUACCUCCCACCGGCCACAUCCUACGGAACUCCAGAGGGUGGCGUUUCCGGUGGCUCAAGCUUCUCCGGAUCGUUCUCCUCAGGAAACGGUCAAGCUUUCGGUUCCGGAAGCGGACUCGGUGCCGGCUCCGGCAGUGGAGGACACGGUUCCUUCGGAGCAUCUGCAUCUGGACAUGGCCAAGGAGCUGGCGGUUUUGGUGGAGCCUCCGGCAUUGGUCACGGAUCUGGUUUAGGUGGUGCUGCUCAAGGCGCUGGUGGCCAUGGAGGUUUUGGUGCUGGUAAUGGAGGUUUUGGCGGAGCCUCUUCUCAAGGUUCCGUUCACGGAUCUGGUUUAGGUGGCGCUGCUGGUCAUGGAGGAUUUGGCGGAGCUGCUUCUCAAGGUUCCGGCCAUGGAGGUUACGGUGGAGCUUCCGGAGCCGCAAAUGGACAAGGUUUCUCCGGAUCUUUCAGUUCAUCAUCUCACGGAAGUGGUGCUUCCGGUUUAGGACAUGGUCAAGGAUCCGGUGCUGCCAAUGGAGGCUUUGGUGGAGCCGCUUCUCAAGGUUCCGGCCACGGAUCUAGUUUAGCUGGUGCUGCUCAAGGCGCCGCUGGCCAUGGAGGAUUUGGUGCUGGUAAUGGAGGCUUUGGUGGAGCCGGAUCUCAAGGUUCCGGUCAUGGAGGUUACGGUGGAGCCGCUGGAGCCGGAACUGGACAAGGCUACUCUGGAUCUUUCAGUUCUUCAGCUCAGGGCCCAUCUGGAAGUGGCGCUUUUGGACAUGGUCAAGGAACCGGUGCUGCCCAAGGCGCCGCUGGCCAUGGAGGAUUUGGUGCUGCUAAUGGAGGCUUUGGAGGUUACGGUUCAUCUGCAAAUGGUGGAUUCGGUGGAGCUUCCACUUCUGGACAUGGUCAGGGCAAUGUAGGUUUUGGAGGAGCUUCCGGAACCGGACAUGGUUUUGGUGGUUACGGUGCAAGCAAAGCUGGUACCGGUGCCGGAUUUGGUGGACAAGUCACUGCCUCCCACGUACAAUCGCCAGCUCAAUAUUCUGGAGUGAACGGCCAAUACUCUGGUGCUGGACAACAAGGUCCAGUAGUUCAGAUCCUUCGUCUUGAAAACAACAACAACGGUGAUGGCAGCUACAACUUCCUUUACGAAACUGAAAACGGCAUUAACGCUCAAGAAGAAGGUACCCAAAGAGAUGGCACUGUUGCUCAGGGCUCCUUCUCGUACAAAGCUCCCGGUGGCGAACCAAUUGCUGUGUCUUACGUGGCUGACGAAAACGGUUUCCAACCAGAAGGUGAACAUUUACCAACUCCACCACCAAUUCCAAAGGAAAUCCUAAAAUCGUUGGAACUUAACGCCGCCGAUGAAGCCAAUGGUAUUUCCGACGAUGGGUCUUACAACGGAGAGGGCGAAGCCGAAGGACAAGAUGCUGGACAAUACUCUGGAGGUCAAGGAUCUGGUCAUUUUGGCGGUGCUGCUGGUGGUAAAGGUGGAUAUGGUGCUGGUCAUAUCGGAGGCGGAGCCCAAGGUGGUUACGGAGCUGGUCAACCCCAAUUUGGAGGUGCUGCCCAAGGAGCACACUUUGGAGGUGCCCAAGGUGGGUUUGCUCAAGGCCACUCCACCUUUGGAGCUGCUGGUGGUACUCAGGGACACUCUGGAGCUGGAGGCUCAGGAGGUUACCAAUAUCAAGGCUCAGUGUCUGGUAAACUGGGUGGAGGACUGGGACAUGGUUCUGGUUCUGGUACUCAACAGUCCUUUGCAGGAGCUUUCGGAGGUCAAGGUCCUUCCGGCUCAGGUUUUUCAUCUUCAGUGUCCAACAAAUUGGGUGGAGGAUUUGGAGGUAAUUCCGGUACUCCCCAACAACCAAUUGCCGAAAAUGGAGGCUACAAGUACUAAUAGAUGAAUAAUUAUUUAUUAAAAGACAAAAUUAAAUAAAAUAAAUUAUUUUAUACUUCG